AUGACUGGCUGCACAAGACAGCUUCGGAGAUCGAGAAUUUUAGCGUGGAGCAGGUCGGUUCUUGGGUCGAGACAGCCUUGGAAGAGAGGAACUACGCCGAUGAGGUGCAAACCACAACGAAGAUUUUGAAGGACCAGAAGGUGAAGGGCACCGCGCUCCUGGACCUGACCUAUGACCGGCUAGUGAAUCAGCCCUACAACAUUGCUGCGGGCCCUGCCUCACAACUGGCCAAGCGCAUCGCUGCCCUAGCUGCCCCGGCGGCGGCCGCGAGCGGAUUCCAGGCCGGGGGGCAGGUUCUUGGUCAGUUCAACUUUGCAAGGGGCUGCGCCCUGCAGGCGAACACAGUGCAAUCGGUCAUCAAGGAGAAAGAUCUCGCUCAGCUGUCUGAGGUGGGCGUCCCCUCAGCAACGGUACGGAAGGGACAGACACUUGCAGGGAUCGAAGAGUGCAUACAAAACUGCAUGCCCUUGAUCCAGCAGUACAUCAACGAGAGCGAUGAGACUGGCACUAACCGCGUACCACCCACCUGUGCAGCAAGAUGCGCGCGAGGUGGGAAGACCACCUUCCUGCAAAAGCUUGGCGAGGAACUGGCAAGGACCGGUUACUUCCCCAUCUUUACGUCCUUCAAUGGGGAAAGCCCCGUGAAGCGCCGGGAGAACGAGCCAGCCGACCAAUGGCUAUACAGGACUAUUGCAUAUGCACUG